UUUAAUUUUAUACACUACAAAUAAGAAAGAAAAUAAGAGACAAAUCUCUAAAACCCUACAUCGAUUCUAACAGUCAAAAACCUUACCUCGCCGCCCUCGGCCACGCCCCAGGUCGCUAGUCACCCAGCAGAGUCGCUUGGUAAGCUUCUUUUUCUUGAAUUUAGAAUCAGAUGUCUUUUACGUCCAUUAAUCAGUGUUGUGAUCUUGCAAUAUGACAUUUAUUCGUGUGUUGUUGGUUUCGGCCAAAAUUUAGAAUCUUUCUCCAUUAACUGGGCACAAAAUUAAUCUUCACUAGUUGCGCGUUUGCAUCCUUCCUCAAUCAAAUUUAGAAAUGCUGGCUUGUAACUGAGGAAGAUGGUGCAUUCAUCCCCGUAUGCCCAAGAUGGCCCCUUAAACUUUCUUUAAUUUGACAUCCAAUCCAUUUGUUUCCUUGUUGAUGACUUCCAGAUAAACCCAGCUCGGAACUUCUAACAAUCUUCUCUGAAUUGAUUGUUUUGUUCAUCUACAUUCCACAUUUCAUCUGAAUCGAGUGAGGAUCUCCAGAACUCCCCCCAUGUAAAAGUUUCAUUCUCUCUCUGGAUUUCAGAACUCAAACUUUCACUCCUUACCUUUUUUCAGUAGUGUAUCGAGGAUUUCUCUAAUCAGGCAGCAGAUCAAUUGCAUCUUCAUUUGAGAUGAAUUUCGUAGGCUGGCCCUGCCAUAUGCGACAGGAUGAAUCACUAUAGAAUCAUAGAUCCCCCUGUAUGUUAAUUCCAUCCCAUGUAAAGUAGUUGAAUCACGCCGUAUACUUCCAUUACAUGUAUCAUCGUUUCAUCAGUCAGUAGCAAUCCCAGCCGUUGAUCUCUGAUUAUAGUGGAGGUCGGUGUCUCUGAUUUAUUUUUAUUUCUAUCCUCCACUCAAAUGUCACCAGUACUUCCAGAGUGAGGAUAAGAUUAGAAUUUAGAGAUUAGAGAAAAUAGCAAAGUUCAUUCUGUGGAAGAUGGUUACAUCCUCUGCCCGUAUAAUGAGUAGAGAAGCUCCUGAGAAAGGACAGUUGUGCCUUUACAAAUUGUAACAUUAGCACAAGAUAAAGCAACAAGUAUCAUGCUAUACAAUUUUGUGUCCUCCAGAUCAUAUUCUUAGUAUUAAUUCAUAUUAUAUCUUUUGUGGUUUCUCUUUCUUUUGGGUUACUUGAAGGACGGGCCUCCGUUGUCACUUUUAUUCUCCUUAGUUGUUUGUUGUGGCCCAUUAAGUAUUUGCCCAUAUUUCCCAAAUACAUAAUCUUAUCACAUUAGCAUCGACUGUGAUUCAUGUUCAAGUUCCCCAAAAUCAUAUAUGUAAAAUAAACCAAGAAGCAGACAAAAUGAAUCCCUUUACCAACUAGAAUCCAGCAAAACUCCGGCUGCAAUGGCCAAUUUCUACUUUGAUGAGAUAAUCAAGGUGGUCAAGAUCGAUAGCCAAGUAGUAUAUGACAAAGUUUCCAGGAUAAAUGCAACGAGUGAAGACAAUGAUUAUUUUAUGGAACUAGAUGUGCACACUGAGCUGUAUCCUAUGCUUCCCAACGAGAAAUACAGGAUGCUGAUUUCUAACACUCUUAAUAUGGAUGGUUCAGUACAGGGGGAACCUAAAUCACUUGCAGACAAAUUUGAGUAUGUGAUGCAUGGUCUUUUGUAUAAGAUGGCUGAAGCUGAAGGAAAGACUGACGGGAAUGAUAAUGUUAAAGUGGAGGUAUAUAUUUCGUUUGGAGGACUUCAGUUGAUGUUAAAAGGUGAUCCCUUGAAGAUGCAUAAGUUCAGGGUUGAUCAAAAGUUGUUUCUUCUCUUAAGGAAGAUCUGAUAACUUUGGGCUCUCGGAAUGGCGUUGUUAUACUGUUUGAACGAGUUGUAAAAAUGCAGAAAAAGCCAAGGUAUGAGAAUAUGUGGGAAUGAUGUGCUUCUUCUGUCAAUGGAAAAUACAUUAUGAUUUGUGUUUGUAAAGUAAGCUUCAAUGAGAUGAUGGCUAGCAUUUUCUUGUUAAUUUUUGUGUCCUUCGAGUCGUGCAAUAUUAUAUCGUUACUCGAAACUAGCCAUAUAUUUAGUGAUUUCAUUGA